UCAAAAAACAAAACACAACCCCCUCAAAAAAAAAAAAAAAACCUUGAAAAGUUUAAAAAAAACAGAUAAAGUGCAUAGGAGUAUCCAUUCAGCAGCCAUCCGUGUACUCAGCAAAUUUUUUCAUCUUAUAAGGUGUUGUAGGUACUACAGGGAGUAAAAUAGGCCCAAACUCCUGCUUUCGUGAAGUUGACAUUCUGAUCAGGAGAGACAGUGAACAAGUAAGACAGAUGUAUAGAAAGGCAGUUGCUGGUAAGGGCUGUGGAAAAAGAGAAAGUAUAAAGCUGUUAAGAGAGAUAGGGAGCUGCAGGAAGGAGAGUUGCUAUUUUAACCAGCGGUCAGAGAAAGCCUCACUGAUAAGGAGACAUUUGGCCCGUGACCUGGAGGAGCUGUGACUCUGGACCUUAGAAUGGCAAGCUCCAGGGCCUCAGCUUGGCCUGAGCUGGUAGACUGGGGACAGCGAGGAAGAUCAAGAGUCGGGAUUACCCUUACUGGUUACUGUUUGACUCCAACUGCUCCACACCCCUGCCCCGAGGCUGGCCGGCUUCCCGUGGGUUCAGCUUGCAUUUGUCAAGUUCCUCCUGUAAGCCGGGCCCAGUGUGUGGCUCCAGAGUUGAGGUGCUGGACAAAACAGAAAAAACCCCACCUUCACAAAGCUUAGAAUAAGAGGGACAGAGGUACACAUUAAACAAGGAGCAGUUUAAUUUGAAUUACAGUCACUCCUGUGAAAGAAAUGUGCAGAGGUAAAUGGCACCAAACUGAGUCAGGGCCAGAGCUAGGAAGUCAUCCCAGAGGAAGUUACACUUCAGCUGUGACCUGAGUGAGAAGCUGAAUUUAGCUCGAUGGAGUGUGUGUGUGUGUGUGUGUGUGUGUGUGAGCGAGAGAGAUGAGGAAGGAUGUGGAAAGACAGUCCCUUUUGUGCAGAGGUCACUGAUUGACAGCUCAUAGGCUGAACUUAUUCCACAGAUGAGGUUUAUUUGGCUUGCAGUGUUGAUAAAUGUGAAUUAGUUGCCAACAUCUAAAAAUCAGGAGAUACUGCAUUGAAAUCUAGAGGUUUCUCUCUUUUUCUGUGGCUUCUGUUGGAAGCUCAGAAGCUCAAGCCCUGCUGGGCGGCAGUGGUGACCGUGCCGGUUCUGGGGUGCUCGCCUCCACAGUGUGGGCUCUUGCUCCCAGCUCCCCCGAGCCCCGGCUGCUUCAUUUCUUGACAUGGACGCUUAAGUUUGUCACUACCAAGGAACCAGUGCCGUUAGGGAAGAGGGGAUUGCUCGUGUGCUGGCUCUGGCCCCAGGUGAAUCUGGCCUAGGAUCUUGGUGCUCCCACUUACGCGGCUGCUGGAUCUUGAGCAGCAGCAUGUCAUGGUUUAGUGGCCUCCUGGUCCCCAAAGUGGAUGAGCGGAAGACAGCCUGGGGUGAACGCCAUGGGCAGAAGCGCCUGCGCCGCGGGACUCGGGCCAGUGGCUUCUGCACGCCGCGCUAUAUGAGCUGCCUCCGGGAUGCAGAGCCACCCAGCCCCACCCCUGCAGCUCCCGCUCGGUGCCCCUGGCAGGACGAAGCCUUCCUCCGGAGGGCUGGGCCAGGCAAGGGCAGGGAGCUGGGGCUGCGGGCAGUGGCCCUGGGCUUUGAGGACACUGAGGUGCCCACGGCGGCAGCGGGGACGACUGAGGUGGCACCCGACGUGGCACUCAGGAGUGGACGGUCCUGCUGGCACCGGCUGGUGCGGGUUUUCCAGUCGAAGCAGUUCCGCUCGGCCAAGCUGGAGCGCCUGUACCAGCGGUACUUCUUCCAGAUGAACCAGAGCAGCCUGACGCUGCUCAUGGCGGUGCUCCUGCUGCUCACGGUUGUGCUGCUGGCCUUCCACGCCGCACCCGCCAGGCCUCAGCCCGCCUACGUGGCCCUGCUGGCCUGUGCCGCCACCCUUUUUGUGGCACUCAUGGUGGUGUGUAACCGACAUAGCUUCCGCCAGGACUCCAUGUGGGUGGUGAGCUAUGUGGUGCUGGGCAUCCUGGCAGCUGUGCAGGUGGGGGGUGCCCUGGCAGCCAACCCACACAGCCCCUCAGCAGGCCUCUGGUGCCCCGUGUUCUUCGUCUACAUCACCUACACGCUCCUGCCCAUCCGCAUGCGGGCCGCCGUGCUCAGUGGCCUGGGCCUCUCCGCCCUGCAUUUGAUCCUGGCCUGGCACCUCAACCAAGGCGAUGCCUUCCUCUGGAAGCAGCUCGGUGCUAACGUGGUACUGUUCCUUUGCACCAAUGUCAUUGGCAUCUGCACACAUUACCCGGCGGAAGUGUCUCAGCGCCAAGCCUUUCAAGAGACGCGCGGUUAUAUCCAGGCUCGGCUGCACCUGCAGCAUGAGAAUCGGCAGCAGGAACGGCUGCUGCUGUCAGUUUUGCCCCAGCACGUUGCCAUGGAGAUGAAAGAAGACAUUAACACAAAAAAGGAAGACAUGAUGUUCCACAAGAUCUACAUCCAGAAGCAUGAUAACGUCAGCAUCCUGUUUGCGGACAUCGAGGGCUUCACCAGCCUGGCCUCGCAGUGUACCGCGCAGGAGCUGGUCAUGACCCUGAAUGAACUCUUUGCCCGGUUUGACAAGCUGGCCGCGGAAAAUCAUUGCCUGAGGAUCAAGAUCUUAGGGGACUGUUACUACUGUGUGUCAGGGCUGCCGGAGGCCCGGGCAGACCAUGCCCACUGCUGUGUGGAGAUGGGGGUGGAUAUGAUCGAGGCCAUCUCGCUGGUACGUGAAGUGACGGGUGUGAACGUGAACAUGCGUGUGGGCAUCCACAGCGGGCGCGUGCACUGUGGCGUCCUCGGCCUGCGGAAGUGGCAGUUCGACGUGUGGUCCAACGAUGUCACCCUGGCCAACCACAUGGAGGCGGGGGGCCGGGCCGGCCGCAUCCAUAUCACGCGGGCCACGCUGCAGUACCUGAACGGGGACUACGAGGUGGAGCCCGGCCGCGGCGGGGAGCGCAACGCGUACCUCAAGGAGCAGCGCAUCGAGACCUUCCUCAUCCUGGGAGCCAGCCAGAAGCGGAAAGAGGAGAAGGCCAUGCUGGCCAGGCUGCAGCGGACACGGGCCAACUCCAUCGAAGGGCUGAUGCCACGCUGGGUGCCCGACCGCGCCUUCUCCCGGACCAAGGACUCCAAGGCUUUCCGCCAGAUGGGCAUUGAUGAUUCCAGCAAAGACAACCGGGGUGCUCAGGACGCUCUGAAUCCCGAGGACGAGGUGGACGAGUUCCUGGGCCGGGCCAUUGAUGCCCGCAGCAUCGAUCAGCUGCGUAAGGACCACGUGCGCCGGUUCCUGCUCACCUUCCAGAGAGAGGAUCUCGAGAAGAAGUACUCACGGAAGGUGGAUCCCCGCUUUGGAGCCUACGUUGCCUGUGCCCUGUUGGUCUUUUGCUUCAUCGGCUUCAUCCAGCUCCUCAUCUUCCCACACUCCACGCUGAUGCUUGGGAUCUACGCGGGUACCUUCCUGCUGUUGUUGCUCACCGUGCUGACCUGUGCUGUGUACUCCUGCGGUUCUCUGUUCCCGAAGGCCCUGCAACGUCUGUCCCGAAGCAUCGUUCGCUCUCGGGCACAUAGCACCGCAGUUGGCAUCUUUUCAGUCCUGCUUGUGUUCAUUUCUGCCACUGCCAACAUGUUCACCUGUAACCACACACCUAUACGGACCUGUGCGGCCCAGAUGCUGAAUUUAACACCUGCUGACAUCACCGCCUGCCACCUGCAACAGCUCAAUUACUCUCUGGGCCUGGACGCUCCCCUGUGUGAGGGCACCGCACCCACCUGCAGCUUCCCUGAGUACUUCAUCGGGAGCAUGCUGCUGAGUCUCCUGGCCAGCUCUGUCUUCCUGCACAUCAGCAGCAUCGGCAAACUGGCCAUGAUCUUCACCUUGGGGCUUAUCUAUUUGGUGCUGCUUCUGCUGGGUCCGCCAGCCACCAUCUUUGACAAUUACGACCUGCUGCUUGGCGUCCAUGGCCUGGCUUCUUCCAACGAGACCUUCAAUGGGCUGGACUGCCCAGCUGUGGGGAGGGUGGCCCUGAAACACAUGACGCCUGUGAUUCUGCUGGUGUUUGCGCUGGCGCUGUAUUUGCAUGCCCAGCAGGUGGAGUCGACGGCCCGCCUGGAUUUCCUCUGGAAACUGCAGGCAACAGGGGAGAAGGAGGAGAUGGAAGAGCUCCAGGCAUACAACCGGCGGCUGCUGCAUAACAUCCUGCCCAAGGACGUGGCUGCCCACUUCCUGGCGCGGGAGCGCCGGAAUGACGAGCUCUACUACCAGUCCUGCGAGUGCGUGGCCGUCAUGUUCGCCUCCAUUGCCAACUUCUCCGAGUUCUACGUAGAGCUGGAGGCCAACAACGAGGGUGUUGAGUGCCUGCGGCUGCUCAAUGAGAUCAUCGCCGACUUUGACGAGAUUAUCAGCGAGGAGCAGUUUCGGCAGCUGGAGAAGAUAAAGACAAUUGGUAGCACCUACAUGGCUGCCUCUGGGCUGAAUGCCAGCACCUACGAUCAGGUGGGCCGUUCCCACAUCACUGCCCUCGCAGACUACGCCAUGCGGCUCAUGGAGCAGAUGAAGCACAUCAACGAGCACUCCUUCAACAACUUCCAGAUGAAGAUCGGGCUGAACAUGGGCCCAGUUGUGGCAGGUGUUAUUGGGGCUCGGAAGCCACAGUACGACAUCUGGGGGAACACAGUAAAUGUCUCCAGUCGCAUGGACAGCACAGGGGUGCCUGACCGGAUACAGGUGACCACGGACCUGUACCAGGUUCUAGCUGCCAAGGGCUACCAACUGGAGUGUCGAGGGGUGGUCAAGGUGAAGGGCAAGGGGGAGAUGACCACCUACUUCCUCAACGGGGGCCCCAGCAGUUAGCAGGGGCCAGCUGCAGAUUCAGCCGAAGGGACCAAGGUGGGCAUUGAGUGGACUCUGCUUGCUGGGUGGAGCUGUGCCGGGGACACAGAGCCUCCAGACCUUGUGGAUCACGAAAGGGAACACCGCAGCAGGCUGGGCUGGGACCGUGCUCGUCUGCCCUCAGACUGGUGAACAGGGACACCGAGAAGAUCGUGCAGCUGACUUUCUUUUUUAACUGGGAUAGGGCCGUUUCUUCUUUCUUCCAGCUUUUGGGAGCAGCAGAGGAAGCAGUGCAGACGGGGGCACCCUCCUGCCUGGGAGGUGCACGUGGCCAUUUGCCAUGCCUGCCUUUCCCCGUCUGGACAGCAGGCUCAGGGCUGGGUCUUCCCUUCCCCCUUUCCCGGGAAGAUUUUCACAGAGACUUAGGCAGGCGUGAGGAGUGCCUACCCCACACUUGCUUUGGCUAUGCCUGCGUUCCCAGCACUGGUCCUGGGCACUGCCAGUCCUAGCCAGCUCUCCUCAUGGGCACAGGGCAGGACGGAGAUGUUCUGAGAACCCAGCUCUGUCCACAUUUCAGGGGAAUGUUUCCGUUUGCCAAAUCCUUGUCCCACGAUCUGUCCCCAAAGGGGAACAACGGGACCUGUGACAGUGCAGAUUUAGCCCCAGCUCCUGCACAUUCCAGGGAAAGGGGCAUCUGGCCUCGCUGGCACUGUGAAAUGCCCAGCCAGAGAGCCAGCUGCGUGUGGGUGCCAGAGGGUCAGAAGCUGGGCAUUUACCUGCAGGUGCCAAAGAACGCAGGCGGCUAGGUGGGGGUGGCGCCAGGCUUGAUCUGAGGCUCAGCUGUGGCUAGGGUCAGGUCCCUUGGUCCCAGCACUUGCUCCUGGCAAGGGGGCAUGAAGCAUCUCUGCCCCUUCUGUUGCCAAACAGAACGGGUCAGGGCACAGAGGAAGAUGGCCUUGACCCUGAAGCUGGCCUCCCGGUCCUGGCACCGGGGAGGGCCUGUGAGUCUGUGUAACUGUGUGUGCAUGUUGCCCUGUGUGCAUAUCUAUUUUCCAGGUCUGUGUAUGUCCUUGUGCUCCCGCUCCUCAGCUCUCCACCCGGGCUUGCCUCUCUCCUGUGGGCCACUGUCUUCUGGGAGCAAGGCAGGGUUUUCUACUUCAAGGGACGUAGGGAGAUGCCCGGCUUGCACAGGAGUGGUACGGGGUGUGCAGCGAAAGGAGGGUGGACGGGGGAGAGGAGUCUUUUUUGUGCCAAAUCCCUAAGUGCCAUUCGGGGCCACGUGUACAGUGUGACUGUCCCCCUGCCGCAGGCGGGGACCCAAGUGCCUGCUUGGGCCGCAGUGCUCCACGCACUUGACCUGUCGGGGCUUUAGUGGGCAGAGGCCCAGGAAUUCCCUGGGUUCUCCAGCUUAUGUCCUGGGAUGUGUUAUGCUUUGGGACUGGGACAGCCUGGGAUCCUUCUGAGGCCCAGACAUUGGUACUAGGGGAUGGGGAAGGGGAUCUCAAACUAGGCUUCCCUGAGCCUUCCGCUUGCGUCUAGCGUGUUCUGGCUCCCAGUCCCCAUGAGGCCUGCCAGGGCUGCUGGAAGGGUUAGGAAGUCGGACGCUAGGUUCUCUUCCUCUUCUUACCUUCCUUUCAUCCCUUUCCCCGCAGCCUCCUUGACUCCGGCCUGAAGGGGCUGGUGCCUUGGUUUCUCUGUCUAUACUUACUUAAGCCAGAGGCAUUAGCCUGAGUGUUUCUUGAAGAUCGCCUGUCCUGUAAAUGUCUAGAGAGGCCGAGGAGAAAGGAGCUGGGAGCUGGGAGGAGCGGGCAUCGCCCCUGCCCCUCCCCACGCUCCCGACACACCAGCUCCUCGCAGAGGCCUGUUUCUGGCUUGGUACCGCCUGCCCUGGGGCUCUGCAUUCAUCAGCCAGGUGAAUCGCCAGGCACUUCAUUAGCCAGGGCAGAGGAGGAGAAACCCCAGCUGCCUCAGGCAGAAAACACUCCCCGGCCCAUCCAGCCGCAUCCCUGGACAGGAAGGGUUCCUUGGUGCCGUGGGAGGGGAGGGUGUGAGUGAGCCGGAGUGGGACGACCUCAGCCUUGGCUGAUUUGUCUCUGCUUCUUGCCAGGCGGGAGGGUCCUGUUCCCAGCCUGGCUCCCCGAACCGCAGUGCCAGUCACGCCCUUCCCCGGGGUUGCCAUGGGCCCCUUCCUCACCAGGCGUGGGGGAAUUGGGAUGGGAGGCCGUGGGCUUUGGUUUUAUAAUGUAACCACUGUGGGCGUGGGGGAGGGCGGUGUACCAUGUAUUUCAGUGAAAUAUUUAAUAUAUUUAAAUAUCAAUAAAAUCCAAAUCUUUGUAAAA